AGCUGACGAGCUGUCAACAACGCACCGUGAAGCGGAGGGGAAGGGACAGUCCUGUCAACCCAACGUGGAUCCACAGUGUUUAGCAGCACUGCUAGCAGCCUGUCAGGGCACUGACUGGGCAAACUGAACUAGUGCUAAACCCACCACUGUAAAAAAACUACAUGUGCCUGGCUCCCAAUGAUCUCCUAAUCUCUGGGAAUCGCCCGCCGUCCAGGACUGAGGACGUCUCUGCACCCGAAGCUGACUGCGUUCAAGAUGGAGAGCGAGAAGAAGAGGAGAAAAUACUCCACGAGCAGCAACGACUCCGACACCACUGACAGUCAGGUGACGUCAUGGUCCAGGUCAUCCAAGAAUACAGGCACUAGCAGCACAUGGGUCCGCCACCAGCACAAGAAACCAUCAGAGGUGUUCCGUACCGACUUCAUCACGGCCAUGAAGCUGCCGGAUUCGGCCCAGCUCGGCCCGGACGACUUCUACGUGCUGUCAGACCCCUGGAGACAAGAGUGGGAGAAGGGAGUACAGGUCCCUGCCAACCUAGAGGCCAUACCAGAACCUGUGGUCAGGGUACUUAACCAAAAAGCCAAGUAGCUGAUGUUUGUGCAGGGAAGAAGUAUGAAGAGGAGGACUGGCUGAACUGAAAGCCUCAUCUACGUAGACCUGAGAGUUAUAGCAGAAAAUAUCUGCUGCUAUGACCUGGAUGACCUGGAUGUUGCCUGGCUGGAGCUGGUCAACCCAGAGUUCAGACAGAUGGCCUUACCAGAGCUGGACGAGCUGACGAUGGAGUGUGUUCUGGUGGAGCUGGAGAGUGUGUGUGAGGAGAAGAUGCGGCAGGCCAUCGAGACAGAGGAAGGCCUGGGUAUCGAGUACGACGAGGACGUGGUGUGCGACGUCUGCCGCUCGCCGGAGGGAGAAGACGGCAACGAGAUGGUCUUCUGUGACAAGUGCAACGUCUGUGUUCAUCAGGCAUGUUAUGGCAUCCUGAAGGUACCCCAGGGGAACUGGCUAUGUCGGACCUGCGCUCUGGGUGUCCAGCCCAAAUGUCUGCUCUGUCCCAAAAGAGGUGGAGCCCUCAAGCCCACCCGCAGUGGAACCAAGUGGGUCCACGUCAGCUGUGCCUUAUGGAUCCCUGAGGUGAGUAUAGGGUGUCCAGAGAAGAUGGAGCCCAUUACCAAGGUGUCCCACAUCCCCGCCAGCCGAUGGGCUCUGUCCUGCAGCCUGUGUCGAGAACACACAGGAACCUGCAUACAGUGCUCCAUGCCCUCCUGUAUCGUGGCCUUCCAUGUGACAUGCGCCUUCGACCACGGCCUGGAGAUGAGGACCAUCCUGGCCGAAAACGAUGAGGUGCGCUUUAAGUCCUUCUGUCUGGAGCACAGCUGCACCGCCAGCAACAGUAGUACAGCCACCAACAACACCUCCAGUUCAACCAAGCGAGCUGAGCGGGACCAGCUGGAGAGAGAGAAGGUGAGCCAGAGGAAACAGAAGCUCCAGGAGCUGGAAGAUGAGUUUUAUCGACUGGUGGAGCCCAGAGAAGUGGCUGAAAAGCUGGCACUGCCCAUCACCCAGGUGGACUUCCUCUAUCAGUUCUGGAAGUUGAAGAGAAAGGCCAACUUUAAUCGACCUCUGGUGACCUUAAAGAGGGAUGAGGUGGACAACCUAGCACAGCAGGAGCAGGACGUCCUCUACAGACGCCUCAAACUCUUCACACACCUCCGACAAGACCUGGAGAGGGUGCGUAAUCUGUGCUACAUGGUGACACGGAGGGAGAAAAUGAAACACACCCUGUGCGACCUCCAGGAGAAGAUCUUCCACCUGCAAAUCCAACUACUAGAAGAAGACAUGGCUGGAGGUAAGAGAACGUGUAUGUGUAUGUGA